AUUGAAACAGAACUUGUGACACGCAUUCCGGAACCAACCCGCCCGGGACAACGACCCGCGCCAUGGCCCCGCGCCGCAAGUCCGGCGGCCCGCUGCUGCUGCUGCUGGCGGCCGCGCUGGCCGCCGCGGCGCUGGCGCUGACGCCCGCCGCCGCCGCGGGCGCCCGACUGCCAACCCCCGCCACCGACACAGCCAGUGCCGCCUGGAGCCGACUGCAGGGGCUCGUGCGCGGAGAGGGCCUGCUCCGCACCGAGGACGGGUCCGCCGCCGCCGCCGCCGCCGACUCGGAGGAGGAGGUGGGCCGCGGCAAGCGCCACCGGCACCGCGCCAUCAUGGCCAUCAAGUACGAGGUGCCGCCCAGCCUGCAGCACGACUUCGUGGACGAGUGGCGCAAGCUGGAGGACUCCACCUCUGACGAGAAGGGCAACCUGGUGUUUGACCUCAAGAAGACCUGGGGCGACAACCUCUACUUCUGGGCGUACGGCGAGUGGAAGUCGUAUGAGGACUACAUGGACCACUUCCGCUCCGACUCUGUCGAGGGCUUCCUGUCCUGGCUGGACGACCACGACGUGAUGUGGACCCUGUUCCCGCUCAAGAACAUCACAGACGAAGGAGCGGCCAAGAGCAGCAAGGCCGACCCCGCCUCCGUGUCCAACAAGGGCGGCGGCGACAAGGGCGGCGGCGACGACCCGCGGGACGCGGCCGCACACGUGGUCAUCCAGUACCACGUCCAGCCCUCGCACGUGGAUGAGUUCCUGGGCGCCUGGCAGGACGCCGCCGAGUCCACCUGGGACGAGGAGGCCAACACCAUAUACGCGCUGCGCAAGGUCGCCAACAUGAACCACCACUUCCUGGCGUACGGCACCUGGAAGGACUACGACGCCUACAUGGACCACUUCACCAGCAAGCACGUGCGCAAGCUGCGCCAGUUCCUGGCUGAGCGGGACAUCCAGUGGUUCGCUGAGCCGCUGAUGAAGAAGGGCAGCCAGGCGGAGGACGUGUAGGCAGGCUGCUGGCAGUGACGCGCGCGGCACCAUCCAGCAGCAGGCCACGCCGUGAUGGAGGGGAGGCAGACACGGCUGCCGUGCGCGGCUGCGCCGCCGCUUGCACCAUCACGCACACUUGCAAAGAUGCAUGGAUGCAUGUGCUGACAUGCUGUGGGCUGACCGUGUGCGCACGUGCUCGUGUGUGGGCUGCUGCAUGAAGGCAUGGGGCGUUGCAGUAGGCCGCCGGCGGCUGUGGGGUAGGCUGGAGGAUGAUAGUGCACGCUGGCGGAAACACAAACAGAGGUGUUGGUGGGCUGCGCGGCCGGCAUGUAUCGCAUGCAUGCAUGGGGCGAAGCAGUUGUUGCAGUGAACGGCACGCACGGAUCUUGGCGAUGGCAGGAGUCCGACUGGCAGAAGGUCGAUUACACCAGGUAUUUCAGGGCAAGAAGGUGAGAACCAACGCGGUUUGCGCCAGUAUCGAAGGCUGGACCACAAGUUGAGGUCGAACAUGUUGGUUUGAGAGUUGCUGGCCAUGUUGCUGUAAGUCCUGCGUUAC